AUGCCUUGCGCGCACCUGCGCUUUCUCGCGCUUUGCUUCAGGUUGAACACACUUGUCUCCUCAGAUACAGUUAGGAGCUUCAUUUGUUCCUCUCUGUAUUGUUGUUUCUACACUGGCUCCACCCCCACCAAACCUGACCUCAGGCCUAGUGCCGAGUUCAGAGAGGGCUGCAGAUGCAGGAGAGGUGACGGUUCCUCUGGCACUAACCAUGCCUCUUUAGAUGCUCUAUCCACCCACGAAGAACUUGACAUUCUCAAAGUCGAGCAUUCCCAUACUUUCUCCUCCCAAACUUGUGCCCUUCAAGAUCUCCAAACCCAAGAAAAAGACCUGCACUCACAGUUUGAAGUCGCAGUAUGGGAAAAGGCAGAGAGUGACAUCAUGUUGUGCAUGAGUUAA